AUACAAACACUUUUAGACUAGGCUAGAAAAUUUAAAUCUUUAGAAUGCAGCGCAAAAGAAUGAAGGUGACCGAGCUGAAGCGUCUGUAUGCAGAGCGCUGGCACUAUCCGCCGGCUCUGAAGAAACGACCCAUCAAGUAUGCGGCAUGCGGGGAGAAACCCAACUACGACCUUAACGACCCGCCCGAGUAUACGGCUUGCUGGAAGUCUCCUCUGCAGUCUCAGCCAGAAAUUCAAUUCGGACCUUGUUGGGAGUAUCCGCCGGAGCGCUAUAAGCGUCGUCCGCCCCCUCCACCAUGCCGCGGUGCCACUUUGCCGGUCGAGCUGCUUGUUCCCACUUUCAAGCAUUGCUCGUCUCUGUACACCAAAUACGAUUUCAGGCUAGAGCAGUGCGUGCACGAACAAAUCCUAGUCGUGGAGCAACUAUUUGACGAACUGGACCGUGCGCUGAAUGAGGCUAAAGCUUUUCAAAUAGAGAAGGCUGAGCAAAUGCGCUAUCAAGCCAUGCGCUAUCGUCUACUAAUCGGAGGUGCUUGCUGCACAAAGAUUUAUCCCGAGUAUUUGAGCAGCCUGGCAGAGCAGCGAGCGCUCUGUGAAUUUCAGAAGGCCUUCAAUGACAUUAACAGAUCUAACUGCGAUCUGGGCGAUGCAGUAAUGGCCGUGAACGACGCCUUGCCAGAGCUUUAUCAGCGUAUCGAUAGAUUGGAUCACACGCAACAGAGUCCUUUUCUGCUGGGAGAUGGCUACGACGCCCCUAGUCUGAGCACUGUUAUGCAGAUGAUAGAGGAUCUGUAUCGCUAUUUUUUUGGUGUGGCACGCAAAUUUAAAUGUUGGGCACAGCUAAUAGAUCCUACACAAGAGUUCUCCAUUGAGGACUAUUUGGCUCUGCUGCAGGACAAAAGCGACUUCGAAAGCUUUUUGCAGGCCGGUACCGAGAAAUGUACCUGCAAGCGCUGCGAUAAAAAGAAUCCCUUCAAGCCGUACUUGCCGUGCUGGUGUCAAAUGCGCGACUUUUGCGAGGACCGCGUCAAGCCCAAACCACCCUACGAGUGCGACAUGAAAUAUCUUAUAAAUGUAGAUUUCAACGAUAGUGAAGCGGGCAAGCUGAGCAAAAUGUCAGUGCAGGAAGCCGAAACUGAAAAGGGGACCGAGCCAAGUGAUGUUCAGUUGGUCAAAUCCGAGGACGGCCAGAUGGAUUAAUAAUAAUAAUAAUAUAUGGAUGCCUUUAUCGUAUAUAGUACUUACGCCUCAGCCACUUUGUAACUCUCCGGAUGCACCCACGUGCAGUCUAAUGGGUUAUUAAGCUUGCCUCCAAC